AUGGCGUUCCCAUUCUUGGAUGUAGUUGUCGGUUCUAUGAUAUUGAUGUACAUCUUUGAAACUUACUUGGAUUUGAGGCAACAUUCGGCUCUUAAACUUCCAACCCUUCCUAAAACUUUGGAAGGAGUAAUCAGCCAAGAAAAGUUUGAGAAGUCGCGAGCCUACCGUCUUGAAAGAAGUCACUUCCAUUUUGUUUGUGAGUUAGUGAGAAUACUUAUGGACUUAGCAAUAUUGUUCUUUAAGGUUUUGCCUUGGUUUUGGAAGAAAUCAGGACAUUUUGUAGCUCUAGUUGGCCUCAAUGAAGAAAAUGAGAUACUGCAUACCCUUGCAUUUUUAGCUGGUGUUCUGAUUUGGCUGGAGAUCACAAGUUUACCAUUUUCUCUCUACUCCAUAUUUGUGAUCGAAGCCCGUCAUGGUUUUAAUAAGCGAACAAUAUGGUUAUUCUUUAGUGACAGGUCGAAAGGAAUUUGUCUUUCUGUUAUACUUGUCCCACCUAUAGUGUCUGCAGCAAUUUUAAUUAUAAAGAAAGGAGGUGCUUACUCAGUCAUUUAUCUGUGGGUGCUCACGCUCAUUCUUUCGCUUGUGAUGAUGACAAUCUACCCAAUUCUAAUAGCCCCACUCUUUCACAAGUUCACCCCUCUUCCAGAGGGCCAGCUGAGAGAGAAAAUUGAGACGCUUGCUUCGUCCCUCAAGUUUCCAUUGAAGAAGCUGUUUGUGGUUGAUGGAUCUAGAAGGUCAAGUCACAGCAAUGCAUACAUGUAUGGAUUUUUUAAUAACAAGAGGAUUGUCCUCUAUGAUACACUGAUUCAGCAGUGCGAAAAUGAUGAUGAAAUUGUAGCUGUUAUAGCUCAUGAGCUAGGCCAUUGGAAGCGUAAUCACAUAGUCUACUCUUUAAUUGCCAACCAGAUCUGUGCACUAUUAUACAUUGGGGGCUAUACUCUUGUGAGGCACUGGAGCAGUCUGUUUCAAAGUUUUGGGUUUCAUACAAGACCACUGAUCAUUGCUCUCAUCAUAUUUCAGUAUGCCAUAACACCUAUUCAGAAUCUUGUAUACUUUGCUGGUAACCUUGUGAGCCGAGCUUUUGAAUAUCAGGCUGAUGCUUUUGCUAAGAAACUUGGUUACGCCUCUUCGAUUCGAGCCAGUCUUGUUAGACUACAGGAAGAGAACUUAGCAGCUAUGAAUAUUGAUCCUUGGUACUCAGCAUAUCACUACACUCACCCCACACUUGUUGAAAGGUUGGCUGCAAUUGGUAAAAUGGACAAGGAGGAAUGUACGUAG